AUGCAUCCAAUCAGUCUUUUCGCGCUAGCCGGUUACGGUACUAUUGUCAGCGCAGCUUGGCCCCCAGCCCCUGAUCAAUUCGUGGCCGGAGCCACCACCCAAAACUGCCCUCUCGCCGGCCAGCUGUUCCCGCCGCCAACCAACCCCGAGUCCAGCGCUGCCCUCAGCGCCGCCCACGCAAGCCUAACGAGCCAACUUGACGCGGCGCUGACGUCCGGGGCCGUUCUUCCGCUCAACAUCACUAUAAACGACACUUUCUUCUCCAUCGGUGUUUUCUCUGCCGAUGCCACUCUGUUCGACUAUCACUAUGCCGUGCCUGGCCAGGAGAACGCCACAGCCGAAGGCAAGGUCGACAGCGACACUGUUUACAGAAUUGGCAGCAUCUCCAAGCUGUUGACAGUCUACACGCUGCUGGUUGAACGCGGCGACGUUGACUGGAACCAGCCAAUCACGAAAUUUAUCCCCGAGCUUUCUGAUUCCACCGACGAUGAUGAUGAGGAUGAGUUGGGCAAGGUCAGAUGGGAGGACAUUACUGUCGGUGCCCUCGCUUCUCAGAUGGCCGGCAUAGCGCGAGACUAUGCUUGGCCGGACCACGCGACAAACUUCACAGAAGUGCCUCUCCUAAAGUCGCUCCUGGGAGUGAACUCAUCAGCCAUCCAGCCCGAUGACAUUGCGCCUUGUGCCCUUCCAGUCCAGGGAGCGACCGAGCUCACUCUUUGCACGCGCGAGGAGUUUUUUCAUGGACUGAACAAGCUGGGCCCCUACUUUCCCGCGUUCGAGUCUCCUGUCUACUCCAAUGCAGGCUUCCGUCUUCUCGGCCACGUCAUCGAAAACAUCACUGGCGAGGCUUUCCAUGAAACCUUCCAGCGCAACCUGAUUGAUUCACUUCAACUCAAUUCCACCUCCAUCACCGCCCCAGAGGAUGAAACCCACGCAGUCAUCCCUGGCAACAAGCUCUCGGCCCAAUGGGGCAUCAGCCUUGGCGACGAGGAUCCGGCCGGCGGCUUCUACUCCAGUCUCUCCGACCUUACCGCCAUCGGCCGCUCGAUCCUCAAGUCGUCGCUCCUCUCCCCGGCCCAGACGCGGCGAUGGCUCAAGCCGCACUCGCGCACGUCCGACGACAACGCCGCCAUCGGCGCGCCCUGGGAAAUCUCGUCGUUCCGCAUCCCGCUGACGGCCAACGACACCACGACGACGCGCAUCGACAUCUACGCCAAGAGCGGCGCGCUCGGCCGGUACCAGAGCUUCAUCGCCCUCGACCCGGACCGCCAGUGGGGCUUCGUCGUGCUGGGCGCCAGCCCGUCGCCGGCCGUGCCCGUCUACUACGUCGGCGACGUCGUCAGCCGCAUCUACGGCCCGGCCUUCGAGGCUGCCGCGCGUGAGGAGGCCGCUGCCAACUAUGCCGGCACCUUCGUCGCUCCUGACGGGAAUAGCACCCUCACGCUGGCCCUGCAGCCGGACCGCCCGGGCGUCGGCGUCGUCCAGUGGACCAGCAACGGCGUCGACGUGCUGAAGGACGCGCCCGUGCCGAGGGCAAAGCCCGCCGACGGCCGCAGCCUGAGCGUCCGCUUGUACCCGGCGCGGCAGCGCACCCGCAACAAGGUCGCCUUCCGAGCGCUGUUCGAGUCGCUGCCCAGCUCCACCCUAGGCGGGCCCAUGGAGAGUGCCUGCAUCACGUGGUUCACCGCGGACUCUGUGCAAAUUGCUGAUAGGAUGCUGGACGAUGUGGUGAUCGGGGUCGACGAAGAGACGGGCAGGGCUGAAUGGGUCGAAUUUCGGGCUUGGAGGAUGAGGUAUGAGCGAGUGUAG